CACCAUAGGGAAGUCACAGUGGUCCAGGCCAAAGGCAAUGCAGCUAGUGCAGACUAGGCAGUAGUGCAGGGAAUGGAGAGAAGUGGGAAUAAAGGGAUAGUGAAAGGAGGCACAUUUCACUGGCAGGUGAUCAGGUGUAGGAGGACAAGUCAUAUAUCUGGACUUUACAGAGCAGUGGACACUCAGUCGGCUGCUGUCAGCGCCUGGGGCUUAGGGGAGUGCCCGUGGCUGGAGACAUGGCAUGGAGUGCCAUUAUUUAGGGAGCCCUGGACACAAGUAAGAGAAGAUGCGACAGCAGGAGGGAAAGAGUCUGGGGCCCAGCUGCAGGAACCAACACCCAUAGGCUAUUUGUAUAAAUGGGCCAUGGGGCCUCCCAACUGGAGGCUGGCUGGUGCCACGAGGGUCCCACAGGCAUGGGUGUCCCUACUAUAUCACAUGGCCUUCACCGAGACUGGUAUAUGGAUUGCACCUAUCAGAGACCAAGGACAGGACCUCCCUGGAAAUCUGAGGACCUGGCCUGUGAUCCACUUGCUGCCUUGUCCUCUUCCUGCUAUGUCAUGGCUUAUCUUCUUUCACCCAUUCAUUCAUUCAUUCAUUCAGCAGUAUUAAGUCAAUGUCUCUUGUAUGCUUGGCACCUGCUAGAUGGUCCCCAAGUUUACCAUUAGUGGAAAAGACAGUUAAGAAAUUCAGCAAGGGCUCUAUGAGAGGGCAUACACGGUGGACCUGACUAGGGUGUGGCUUCCCUGAGGAGCUGAAGUUGCCCAGAGGCCCAGAGAAGUGGAGCUGCGCACGUUUGAACCACUGAAUCUGGUCUCGACCUCACCUCCUUCCCUUCGGUGCCUCCCAGCAUCCUAUCCUCUUUAAAGAGCAGGGGUUCAGGGAAGUUCCCCGGAUGGUGAUUCGCAGGGGCAACUCCCCUCUCACCUGCCGCAGUGACUGCCCCUCCCCAUCUCAAACACACAAGCUAACGCGUGCGGGUACUGGAGCCCUUGGGGACGCGUGGCCCAAAGACUCAGGACGUACAGGGGCUCAGUGCGUGCAGUGGAAUCAACUCGGCUUCAUCUCUGGAAGGGCAAGGGGCCAUCUUCCGGGUUCACCACCGCAUCCCCACUGCCGGCACAGCGCCUCCUGGCGACUAUCAUCGGUGACUUAGUGAAAAGACUAAGAAAGACCCGAAGCGAGGCCGGGACAGGCCGAUUUCUAGCGGCCACGUGGAGAACGGUUUCGAACAGUGCGCCGGGCUUAGCGGCGGUUGCUGGAGGAACGGGCAGAGUCGCCCAGGGUCCUGCCCUGCGGGGCGGAGCCGAGGUAGGCGGUGACGUCCCCACUGGAGGCGGAGCCGCAGCCUCGCGGGGGCGGGGCCUGGCGCCGGCGGUGGCGUCACAAAAGGCGGGGCCGCAGUAGUGUCCGAGAAGUCAGGCACGUAGCUCAGUGGCGGCCGCGGCGCGUGCGUUUGUGCUUCUGCGCGGGUGUCCGGGUUCUUCUGCCAUCAUGCCGAUGUUCAUCGUAAACACCAACGUGCCCCGCGCCUCCGUGCCGGACGGGUUCCUCUCCGAGCUCACCCAGCAGCUGGCGCAGGCCACCGGCAAGCCCCCACAGUACAUCGCAGUGCACGUGGUCCCGGACCAGCUCAUGGCUUUCGGAGGCUCCAGCGAGCCUUGCGCGCUCUGCAGCCUGCACAGCAUCGGCAAGAUCGGCGGCGCGCAGAACCGCUCCUACAGCAAACUGCUGUGCGGCCUGCUGGCCGAGCGCCUGCGCAUCAGCCCGGACAGGGUCUACAUCAACUAUUACGACAUGAACGCGGCCAACGUGGGCUGGAACAACUCCACCUUCGCCUAAGAGCCGCCGGGCCCCACGCGGUCUGCGCUGGCUCGACCCGGGAACCCGCCGCACGCAGUGUUCUAGGCUCGCCCACCCCAACCUUCUGGAGAAAUAAAACAGUUUAGAGAC